CACCUGUCCGUCUGAUCCCAACAUUCCAACACGCGCGACAAACUCGCGGCGUCGCGUCAGGAUUCCUGAGGAUUACCCGGCGUGCCCCGCGGAAAAGAUGGCGCUGGACGGGAGAAGAUGAAGAUAAACUUUAUCUGAAAUCUGCAGCAGCCGUCAUCUACACCUGCGUUCAGCGGUAUUGUUUCACUUCUCACGGAGAGAUAAACGUGAGGUGACGGAGGCUCUUCGAUCGCUGCUGACGGAGCUCGCGGAGAGAUUUUAGCGGACGUUAGCAAGUAGCCAGCGACGAAAAGAAGGAAAAGCGGGCAAAGUUUAUUCAGCUUGAGCAAGAGUCGAGACGGAUCUACAUUCAACUCUAUAGUUAACUGUUAGAAAUUCAACAGAGGUCAUUGAUAGCCCUGAGGUUCACAUGCUCGCUGGGGGAGGAGAAGCGGGAGGAAGAGGAGCGAGACGUGAGAUAGAUUGAGUUUCCUUGGCGACCGGAUGGACACACUUGGGACGAUGACUCUGAAGAAUGCAGCAUGUACACUUGAGAAUGCUUGAGGGAAUGAGGACCUGUGAAUGAGGACAGCACUGACACCAACUCUGCUUUCGGGACUAACGGACAGUGUAUGGAAGCACGCUGGAAUCUCCCAGAAUGACGAGUGCUGCUCCUGCCCGGAAGCCGUACCGCAAGGCCCCUCCGCAGCACCGUGAGUCCCGCCACACUGUGCCGUCGUUUCGUGAAGAAGUUAGCGGGAGUGCCCUGCCAUCCGUCAGCCCUGUGACGUCAACCGUGCCUGACCCCUGCCAGGAAUCCUUAUCAGAUGCAGACAGGAUCAAGAUUCUGCAGCAGCAUAAUGAAGACUUGCGUUGCCGCCUGUCGCAGACCACCCAUAAGAUGGAGGUGAUGGAGACAGAAUUUGAGACCAGUCGACAUUACAUGCAGGCAGAGAUGGGUCGCACCAGAGACGACCUUGAGAAAAUGAGAGACAAGUUCAGAAGACUGCAGAACAGUUACACGGCAUCUCAGAGAGCUAAUCAGGACCUAGAGGAGAAACUUCACGCACUGCUUCGUAAAGUGGAAAGAGACAAGAAGACGAUGGAUCAGGAGAUAGUGGAGCUCACAAAUAAACUAGUGGAUGCCAAAAACACUAUCGACAAGCUGGAAGAGCUGAACGAACGCUAUCGGCAGGACUGCAAUUUGGCCGUGCAGCUGUUGAAGUGCAAUAAGUCGCAUUUCAGGAACCACAAGUUUGCUGAUUUGCCUUAUGAGCUACAGGACAUGGUGAACAAGCACAUGAAGAGCAGCUUGCCCAACAAGACUCAAGGCUCUCAGGGAGCUCAAGCCCAGGAUCCUGACACUCUCAGUCUGACUCCUGCAGAUGUGGUGCCCACUUCAGUCAUUGCUCGUGUUCUUGAGAAGCCAGAGCCCCUGGUGCUCAACUCAGCCCAGUCUAGCAGCAUUGCGAGUCGGCCAGUGGCCGAGGAUGUGUUUGUACAUGUGGACAUGACGGCACCCCAAGAAGAAGGUGGAGGGCGUGAGAACGGUGGGCCCAUUCAUGCCAGGUCUCCGGUGGGAUCUGAUCAGCAGCAUGUAAACGGCAUGAGUCGAAGCCAGGGCAGUCUGGAUGGUCCAGCAGGUGAAGAUGGUGCAGCGCCCUCCUUUGAGAAGUUGAAUCCUUACCCUGCUCCUCUUCCGCCACACCCACUUUACCCUGGUCGCAAAGUCAUCGAGUUCUCUUCUGAUGACAAAGUGAAAAUCCCCAAGAACAGCCCAUUGCCGAAUUGCACAUAUGCUACUCGUCAGGCAAUUUCUCUCAGUCUUGUGCAGAACGAGGAGGAAGCGGCUGAGCGCCAACGUACUGUGCCCAAUAGCCCGGCUGUAUCUGAUGGGGGCUGGCGGUCAGGGACGUCCUCUUCGUCAGGUGGAGGUCAUGCUUCUCACCAACGAACACAAUCGCAGAUGGAUGCCACAGACACUUUGUCCAGUCAUUCUAGCCCCUUUAGCAGUCCUCCUCAACCCCCAAGCGCCUUUGCCAGCUCAGGUAGUUCAGAAGAGGACCUGUUGUCCAACUGGCAGCGCAUGUUUGUGGAAAAAAUGGCACCGUCCUCAGAGGGGUCCCUUGUGAACCGUACAUCCUUCAGCAGCGAGACGGUUAAGGAUCUCCAAAGGGGCCGCAAUGGAAAAUCAGGGGCACAUAGAGGUGCUUACUCUGAUGGCGAAGAAGGAUCAUCUGCCCAGAGCUGGACAGCAAGUAGAGAGUCCAGUUUGGAUACAGACACCAGUAGCUUGGCGGACCUUCGUGCGAAAAAGUCUCUAUAUCGUGGGGACUUUUCCCAAGAAGAGGGUGAACGUCUACUGAUGGCCCUUGAUCCACUUGACAAUGAUGGUGCUAGUGGCGACACCAUGGUCACCAUAGAGAGCAGCCCAGCUUCUGCAAAGCGUCAGGAAUUUGCUCAAGAUGCUGGCUCGGCAGGAAGCUCUGAAGAACGAGAUAUUCUGCCCCAGGACUUUCCUGUCAUUGGUUCAAAGGUCCUAGCUGCCCUUGAAGAUUAUUCAGACAAGCCCCCUUUGACUGGCUCCUCAAGACCUCCGAAAAGCCCCAAGAGGAUGGGGGUUCAUCACUUGCACCGCAAAGACAGCCUUACCAGAGCCCAAGAGCAUGGAAACUUGCUUGACUGAGACUUCCAGGCUCGCUCUUCUCUUGUUCUUACCUUGAGUGCUCUUCAUCUUACUGGCAAUCACUCGUCCUAGCAGCACACAACAAGAGGAAGGGAUCUGACCAGCAUUGCUGUAGCCAUCCCUGAUCAUGCUGCCGGUGCUAAAGCUUCUUUGGAACUCUUCUGUAAUCUCUCUGAGGCAUGGAGCUCUCUUGUCUGUGAAACCUAUGAUGUUGAUGAAAUCCAUGAUAAAGUACCCCAAGUCCGCUUGCAGCUUUAAACAAGUGAGUUAAAUCCCAGAUCCUGCUUCAGGGAUUGUGAACUGAAUUAAGGUGACUUUCACCAAUCCAAGACUUUGUCCCUGCUUUGUGUGACAUGAUUGAGGGUUGAAAACAGGACAUAGCCAUACAAUCACACCUCUGAAAAAGAAAGAGUGAUCAGGACUGAUCCAUGUGGCGUUGUACGGACACGGCACACUUUUCAAAAUGGAUGCUUUACAACUACUCUUGCCCCUUGGGCGAGAUAUUUCUACCUAUUAUAUAUAUAUAUUCAGGAUCCCAAGUCUUUAGUUGCGAAAGAUUGGGAUGUCACCAAAUGGCCACAACUUUGCAGGUACCACCGUCAGGUAGACUGCAGGUUGAAGCAGCUUAAAUGGGGUUUAAUGGACUCUCUUGUCAACUUUCAGUGCCUAACCCUUGAGGGGGCUCUCCAUCACCCUUUAAAAGAACUUCUUGGUCCUUUAUUCUGCAUUUAGACAUCACAAACUGAGAGGAUUCUUUACCUCUAAUUUUCAGACAGUUACCUCUCUUCAUCGAUCUGCCACUGUAUUUCAACACACAACAUAAAGACUGCUUUUUUUCUUUAGUAAACGGUAUGAAUUACAAAAAGAUUUUUUAUUUUAUUGAUUUACCGAUUUGUUUUUUGAUCAUGUACGCGGAAAUACUUUCUGAUUUGUAUUCUCUCUCGUUUCGUUUUACUAACAAUAUUUAAAAUUCAUUUCCGUUAACAUUUUUGUGUUUUUUGUGUCUUGCUGGUUGAGUCUAAACUGUCCCGUUAUUCUAAUUAAGCACUUGCCGACGUGUAUUAGAAGGGGAAAAGUGCUGAAUAUUGUCAUUACAUUAAAUGAAAAACUAUACAAAUCCUGACAUUAUUACACGUUAGUACUUAUUCCACCGGAAUGCCAUAAAAUUAAGCAAUUAAAAAAAUAAGCACUGCUCCAUUGGCAUAGUAUGGCAAUCUAAAAAUAACCUUUAAGCUGCACGCACACCGCCAGUGGCUUUGUCGUUGAGUGUUGCCUAUCUCUUUCAAUAACGUCAUUCCUAAAUUGGGUUCCCCUAAUAAUAACUAUAAACAAACCCUCUAAUUAAACUUAUGAGAGAUGAAUAAUGCUUCACUCCCAUUGGUAGUCACUCCUGAAAGUUUCUCGUCAUCCGCAUAAAGUCAAACUUUUCUCAACUUUGUCGUUGCUGACUUACUGUCGCCAGCGGUCACUGUUGCUUGUGUCGCAGGAAGGGAAUGAGAUGGCAUCGCUAUGCCGUUGCUAGCCGCUAGCGGUGUGCACUUAGCUCAAAGAUCAGUAUUUAAAAUAAAAAUCCUUGUUGCAAAACGUGUGGAUGUUGUCAUUGGUAUUUCUCCAAUAUUGGGGUGUAUUAAUGUGUUCCUUCGCUGCUGACGGCAAGGAUUGCCAUUCAGGGGGCAUAUUAAUAUUUCAAAAGCUAUGCAUAGUGAUGUUUAUAAAUGCCAUAAACACUUGAAACCUAGUAUGUCCGUUUUGAUGAAUUUAUAUUAGUAAUGGUGCAUAUAGUAAUACAAAUCAACUAAAAAGUAGUGAUUUGGGCCAGAAGCAAAGACACAAACAUGUUAUUUAGAUGAUUUUUUUUUUUUUUUUGCUUUGUAAACCCUGAUUUCAUGGAAAGCUAUGUUUUGAUCUUAAUGAAUGUAAUCAUUUUUAUGUAGCAUCCAUUUCCAUAGGUUCCUCAUUUUUCUUGAACCGUUUGUACCUGCUGUGUGUUUCAAGGGGAAUGUGCAUCCCACCAUCAUUUAAUGUGUUUUUGUGUGUGUAUUUGUUGUGCAAACCAAGUUCUCUAAAUUUUUGGGUGAUCAGUUUGUUCAAUGAAUGCUUGAUGUUUUCUGUUGUGACUAUUCCAGUCUAAAAAUUCUGUCAUUUCAUUUCAAGCCCCGUUCAAAUAGCAUUUUAACUUUUUAUGACUUAUCAGCUUUUAUCAGAUAAUUGUGUAUUUUAGAGAUGAUUAAAUUCAGUUCUGCCUUUUUAA